AUGAUGGUUCAGCAACCGUACAUGAUGAAUGGUGGAAUGCCAAUGCAUCCUUAUCACAUGCAACAAAUGCAACAACAUCCUUACCCAAUGAUGCAUUACCCACAAAUGCCACCAGGGAUGGGUAUGCAAGGCUAUCCACCUAUGGUUAUGAAUGAACACGGCAUGAUGGUUCCAGCUUAUCCGGGUAUGCAUCCUCAGUUGAUGCAACAACAGAUGCAGCAUAUGCAUCAGCAGCAAAUGAUGCAUCCACACCAAGCAGCUCAGAUGCAACAAAUGCCUGGAAAUAUGACAGCACCACAAAAUGUCGCGGAUUCUGAACCCAUCCCAUAUGAUCCAUCCACUUCGCAUGAAUCCCAGCAAUCCUCGCAACCUUCCCAACAACAUCAACAUCACCAGCAACAACAGCACCGUCAAGGAGACAAUCCAAACGUGCCCAACUUUGAUGAAUAUAUCUCAGCUCCUCCACCAGAUGGUGGAUUGGAACCUGCAGGACUUUCUUAUGGCUCUAUGAUGAUGACAGAAAAUGAAAUGGGCAAGUUGGAAUCCGGUGGAACUUCGUUUGGAACCGCAAUGAGCUUCAAGAAGCAAGCAGAGGCAAUGCCGGAACCGACAGGUUCAGGUGUCCUCGAAAAUGUUCCCGGUGCCUCUUUUGGGGACGUGUCCAUGAUGAGUACCGGCACAGGAAAAUUGGAAAAUGCUGGAUUCAGCUUUGGCAGUGCCAUGAGUUUUGGAACCCACAUGGUCGAUGGCGGCUUGGAAGCGAUUGGUGCCAGUUUUGGUUCGCUGAGUCUUGAUACUCGGAAUAAAGAGACUCUCUUUCAUCAGCUCGAGCUAGCGGCUGCUGGACCCGAAGUCCCACCCAUGUUGAACACAACAAAGUCGACCGUCAAUCUGUUGGAGUGUACUGAUUCCGAAGAAGAGGAAGAGGACGAGUCUCAAAAGCAUUUAAUGGCUCGAAAGAAAUCCGAAGCCUGGGAAAGGAUGCAGGCCUCGGUGGCCAAUAAUCUGUCAACUCAAAAGUCAACUGGCCCUUCUACAAAUUCCAAGGAUGCCAUGCCACCGCCUGUUCCAAGAGAUCAAACAGGGACUGAUAUUUCGGUGCCUAGCACGACUUUAUUUUCGCAAUUGUCGGCCUACGAUGAUGGGGACUUCGUAAAGGAUGAAGAUGAUGCUCUGCCGCCGCCACCGGCACAAUUGGAGAAAAAUGAUGACGACGAUGAUAAGCUGGAUAUGUACUUGAUACACCAGCAAUCUGGGUAA